UAUUGGCUCCAACAUACUCACAUUUUUGUCUGCAUAUUACAGUAUUGUGACAGCAUGGCCACAACGGCAGAUGGCUGUAUCCAAUUCACACGCCACGCAGGUGACGUGCUGCUCAACUUCAACCGUCUCCGCAGCAGGAACAUCCUGACGGACGUCACCAUACAGGUGGACGGGCAGCCCUUCCAUGCUCACAAGGCCAUCUUGGUGGCCUGCAGUGGCUUCUUUUAUUCCGUAUUCAUGAACCCAGCGAAUGCAGACCUAAGUGCCAUCACCUUAGACCCCAAAGUGGACCCCAAGGGUUUCUCCAUUCUGCUUGAUUUCAUGUACUCAUCCUGUCUGAACCUCAAAGACAGUCUGGUCCUGGCCACCAUGAACACAGCCAUCUAUCUCCAGAUGGAACACGUGGUUGACACCUGCCACAGGUUCAUCAACUCCAGGCAUCACUCUCUCGAUAUGCAGCCUGGAGUGGUACAGACCAACUCAUUACAUCUGGCUGAGGAGAUCUCUGGAUCGAGGCCUGCCGAUGAGAAAGAGCCAGACUUCAGAAACAACCACAUACCAACCAUCUCCCCUUUCCAGGAGUGCCGGGGCACCGUUCCCAAUGUCUUCAGGGGCAUCAACACGUCUGGCUCCUAUCAUGUCUAUGGUGACAUCCAAGGCCAUGAUGGGAAGUUUGAAGACCCCCAUAAGAUUACAACCCUUCCCAGAGGUGGCUCUUUGUCCCAAACACAAUGCUCGCAGGUACUCAACACCAACAUAGCUCACAGUGAAUCCACCACAAUGCUCUCUCACCCAGUGCCAUCACACCCCAGUUGCCCCAAUAAUAUCAUCCAACCAGCAGGAGACCACGAGAGCAAUCACAGGCCUGCCGCUCCAAUGGAGGAAGAAAACAUUCAGCACCCGCAAACCAGUUGCCUGAGGUUGUGUCCGGGCUUUAGCAAAGGUGUGAUUUGUAGCCCUCAGAGCCCACUGAGAUCUGACUGUCAGCCAAACUCACCUACCGAGUCCAGCAGCAGCAGAAAUGCAUCCAUGAGCCUCAAACUGCCCUCGGACUACCCAACAGACACCAAGGCCCGCAACUGGAAGAAGUACAAGUUCAUCGUCAUGAACCAAACUCCUGAUGAGAAUGAAAAAGAGUCUCAGGGAGGCAACGCGGAACCCAUAUCCCUGUCCCCAAUGCUGAGCCCCUGCAGGAGCAUCGGAACAGGUGGAGACAGCGAGGUCCAUUCAGACGAGGGAGCCAGCGAGCACAGAGAAGACAUCCCCAAGUCCCAGAGUGCUGACAGCAGCGGCAGCAGCACAUGCAGCAGUAUCAGUCACCGCAGAUGCUCCUCCUGUGGCUGUGACAGCCCUCCGCGAAUGGAGAUGGAUCACCUGUCUCCAGACUCCUACAGCAGAGAGGAAACUACCAAACUACACAAGUAUUCCUCCUCCAGCUGUGAAAACCACACCUUCUUCUGCAAUGGCUGCGACUUCAAGUUCACAGAUGAAGAUUCCCUCAAAGAUCACAUGGUCCAGGUCCACAGUGACAAGCCAUACAAGUGUGACUGCUGCCAGGCCGCCUUCCGUUACAAGGGCAACCUGGCCAGCCACAAGACGGUUCAUACUGGUUCGAAGCCGUACCAUUGCAACAUCUGUGGUGCUCAGUUCAACCGACCAGCCAACCUCAAAACUCACACCCGCAUCCACUCCGGAGAAAAGCCAUACAAGUGUGAGACGUGCGGCUCUCGAUUUGUUCAGGUGGCCCAUCUUCGCGCUCACGUGUUAAUUCACACCGGAGAGAAGCCGUACCCUUGCGAGAUCUGUGGAACACACUUCCGCCACCUGCAGACACUUAAGAGCCACAUGCGCAUUCACACCGGAGAGAAGCCUUAUCAUUGUGAAAAAUGUGACCUCCACUUCAGACACAAGAGUCAGCUGAGGCUUCAUCUCCGACAGAAGCACGGGGCCGUCACCAACACCAAGGCUCAGUAUCGCAGGACUCCCAGCAGCAUCGCCACAGGCCUGGUGACCUCCUGCUGAGUGGGCCGCAGUCCUCCUAUGUGUCAUUUCUUUCCCCCCCGUUUAACGUAGGCCACCAUGUUGUCAAAAGAGUUUCUAUUUUUUUUCGAAACAGAAACAUAAACACGUAUGCAUUUGUAAAUGAUGCAUAUUACUUUGUGUAAGCUCUUCAGUAUUUGGUAGCUCUUAGUUUAAGAUUGUAGAAGUCCUUGCUUCCGUUGUGAAUGUGUUAAAGCAGAGUGUACAUUUUUGAAUGUGAUUCUGAGCAGGUAUUUCUCUAUUUUACAAAUUACGUAACUGAAUGUCAGCAUUGAAGGACAGUCCUCUUUGUCAUUCGGAUUGAGAAUCACUGUUACAGUUCUGCUUUCGAUUAUGGUAUGAAUUUCCCCAACUAAUGUGGUCAAAGUUCAUGCCGUUACUCAGUCUAUUUUUGUAAAUAAGAUAAUAUAUAUUUCCACAUUGCCAUCUGCUGGCAGAGUACGAAUAUAUUGACUUGGUUUGUGUCACGCACAGUGAGCUUCACUGACUUGAUAACACAAGGGCUUGUUAUUUUGCCAUUUCCCAGUUUGCGCUACAUGUUGUUCAUGCACAGAUUGAGAAAAUUGCUUUGUACAUAUUAUUUUCUCAUUAUUUUUAGGCUUUUGUUCAUAUUUUGCACAUACUCAUAAUGCUGUGAUUCAUAUAUAUUUUCAUACUUUUCAAAUAUUUCUACUUUAAAUGUUGACCCGUUGAAAUUGUUUGUUCAAACCCCAAUGUCCAGCACCUGCUAAAUUCUUAUUUAUAGUCUAUUUUUCUCUUUUCUGUACUUAAUUCAUUUUGGUGCUGCAAUGAUCCAACGUUGCCACAGGAUCAUUAAAGUUAGGUUGUAUUUCAUCUAACCCUAUGUUUUAUAGUGCACCUAUAUGUAUAAGUGUAUUCAUAGUGCCUUACAUUCACACUUUUCUAUUGUCAGACUAGCUAUUCAAGCAUUUACAGUUUGGUAAUACGAAAGAUAUAAGCUGCUUUUGUGAUGUUGCAUUUGGUACUUUGCCUUGUCAUUGUUUGUAUGCAUGUCAGGUACUAAUGUUAUGAAAUCUGACAAUCUGUUGUGUAUCGUUCAUAAGGUGCAGAUACACUCAAGCUAAAACGCUCAGGAAUAUUAGUAAUAUGUAAGCAAAUGUCUUUGCAACUGCAAUUUACAUACAUGUAUAUGUGUGUACAAUAUAUAUAUAUAUAAAAAUAUAUAUAUAUAUAU